AUGGCAAUCCGACUAUCCACAGUUCUCCACAAGCUAGUUUCUGCCGAGCAAGGUGCAUUUCAGAAGGGUAAGGUUAUAUUUGAUAACAUUGGGGUGGCUUCUGAACUAGCUAAUAUGAUGUCAACAAAAUGCCGAGGAGGAGGGUCAGGGAUGAAGUUGGAUAUACAAAAAGCAUUCGACACUCUUGAGUGGGACUAUCUCUUUGAUGUUCUAGGCGCCUUUGAUCUGAAAAGUGUGAAGCGUAUAAAGCGAUUCCUUGAUGAUUAUGGCUCAUACUUGGGUCAGGUCAUUAAUCUUAGCAAAAGCAAAGUAUUCUUGGGAAGGGUAAUUGGACACAGAAGGCAGCGGCUUAUUAAGGAGCUACAAAUCCCAACAUGUGUUUUACCAACAAGAUAUCUGGGGGUACAGCUUGUAAAAGGCAGGGUGAAAAACGAUGUGAUUUUACCUCUUGUGGACCAGUUCAAAAAAAGGCUGGCCUCAUGGAAGGGGCGCCUUCUUUCUAUGGCAGGGCGGGUGGAGCUGGUUCAAUCGAUAAUGGGAAGUAUGCCAAUCCAUAACUUUUCAGUCUACUUAUGGCUAAAGGCAAUCAUUGAGACAAUUGAAAGGUGGACCCGUAACUUCAUUUGGUCUGGUGAGGCAGAUAGAGUCAAAGCCAUUAUCGUCAGAUGGGACAGCCUAUGCAAGCCCAAAAAGGAAAAGGUUUGGGAAUCAGACAUUUAA